AUAAAAUCACCAUUAGAGUCUUAGGAAAAAAACAUCAGAAAAACCAAAAAAAAAAAGAAAAAAGUGGGGAGGGAAGAACGAGGAAAGAAACCAUCAAGAGCUCAUUUGGCAAAGGCAAAUUCAAACUCAUCCUUUGCCCUUUGGGCUCAAAGAUGUCACCGUUGAAAUCGACAACAAUGCAGCGAGGCGUUGCAUUAUCAACAUUAUUGUUGCUACUAUUUCUCACCCUUCCUGCAAAUGUUUUAGCCUCUUCUUCUCGUCAUACAUUGACACGAUCUAGGAACCUUAUUGCAAGUGAUCCAAUUGAAGGUGUACAUGCCAAGCAUCACAAAAAAAAGUUUGCACCUGGACCAUGGAAACAAGCCCAUGCAACUUUCUACGAAGGGUCUGCAACAACCUAUGGUGGAGCUUGUGGAUACGAUGAUUUAAGCAAAGAAGGAUAUGGAACAGAAUCAGCAGCACUAAGCACAACAUUAUUCAACGAUGGGUAUGGGUGUGGUUCAUGCUACGAGAUUAAGUGUGUCAAUGAUCCACAGUGGUGCAAGCCAGGACAACCUUCAAUCUUUGUAACUGGUACAGAUUUUUGUCCACCUAACUACGCCCUUCCAAGCAACAAUGGAGGAUGGUGUAACCCUCCAAACCAUCAUUUCGACCUUUCAAAAACUGCAUUCCUUGAGAUAGCCGAAUACAAAGCUGGAAUCGUUCCUGUACAAUAUCGAAGAGUUCCUUGUAAAAAACAAGGUGGGAUUAGGUUCACCAUCUCAGGGAACCCUUAUUAUAACAAAGUUUUGGUGUGGAAUGUAGCUGGUGCAGGAGAUAUUAAGAUGGUUAAAGUUAAAGGUAGUCAAAAUUUAGGUUGGACAAACAUGAAGAGAGAUUGGGGUCAGUAUUGGAUUACUGAUGCAAAAUGUGUUGGUGAGUCUCUCACUUUUAGAGUCAUUGCGAGCGAUGGACGUAGUUCUACUUCUUGGCAUGUCACUCCUGAAAAUUGGCAAUUCGGUCAAACAUUCGAAGGAAAGAACUUCAAGUAACCGAAUCAAUAAAACUUGUAUAUCAUCAAUUAACUAAGAAGACUAUUCGUAGAUAAAUAAAAAUCGUAUUUAUGAAACAAAAAAGAUGGCGGUAAUUCAUAUGCGCACCAUCUCCCAAUUAAAUAUUUUUGUAGUGUGUUGAUUCUUAAUGGAUAUUACUCUUUCUACAA